UAUAACGAGCUGGCAAAUAUUAGAUUCGACCCGAUUUCCCCUCCGGUUCACAUUUCGUCAUUCAGCUAAAUCUCUGGCCAAAGUUGACACUUGACACCACUCACUCUCCUUUGCUCCUUCCGAUCUCUAUCUCCGGCGAACUCCUGCUUGUAGUUGUUGUUUCUGAAGUCUCAUGGCUGAUCAGCAAGCAGUUGAAGGGUCAAGCACAAGUAAUGAUUCUGGUGGAAGUUCUGAAUCAACCGUGGUGCUCAACAUCAAGACCUUAGAUUCCCAGACGUAUACUUUUAACGUGGAUAAGAAUUUGCAAGUUUCAGCCUUGAAGGACAAACUAGCAAGUCAGAUUGGUGUACCUGUUGAGCAGCAAAGACUAAUUUUUAGGGGCAAGGUCUUGAAGGAUAAUCACCUUCUUUCUGAAUAUCAUGUGGAAAAUGAGGACACACUACAUUUAGUGCUGAGGCAGUCUCAAUUGCAAGCUCCAUCAGGUAGCAGCACUGGCGAAGCUACUACUAACAAUGCUAACAGAGGACAAGAGCCUCAACCCACUGCUGGAGGCUCACGGAAUCGUAUCGGGCAGAUUUCACACAGUGUUGUCCUUGGAACUUUUAAUGUUGGAGAUCCGGGGGAAGGACUUGUGCCUGAUCUUAAUCGGGUUAUUGGGGCAGUUUUAAACACUGUAGGGAUUGGGAACAUGACUGGUGGCCAGCUUCCCGGUGUGCAGGCCAGCGCUCCAGCUUCUCGCCCUCAAGGAAAUGAGAGUUUAAGUCAGUCAGGAAGUCAGCAAUCUGGGCAGGCAUUUUCUGGUCAAUCUUUGCCACAAGUAGUGCAAAUUCCACUGGGGGCAGCAAUAGCUGUCCCCUCAAUUAAUUUGCCCCUUUUGGAUUCCUUGAUCACGCUUUCUGAAUUCAUGGAUGGGAUGGAGCAUGUAUUCUCACGGAACGGUUACCCGCCGAACCAGUCACCUAAUAAUGUGGGAGAUCCACCUGCAGUACAGUUGCCUACACAUGAUCGUGGCUUAUCGAGUCCAGAAGUGUUGAGCCUUGCGCUGCGUCAGGCAGAGCGCCUCUUUGGUGCUCAAGUCAUUGCAGCAUUAUCUCACUUUGCAGGGCAGUUGGAACGAGGAAGAGUCUCCAGUGAUCCUGCAUUAAGGGGACAGGUGCAGACAGAGUCUGUGCUAAUUGGUCAAGUUAUGCAACAUUUAGGUGCCCUUCUUUUAGAGCUUGGAAGGACGAUAUUGACUCUCAGAAUGGGACAAUCACCUGCUGAAUCUUCAGUAAAUGCUGGUCCUGCUGUUUACAUAUCUUCGACGGGGCCGAACCCCAUAAUGGUUCAGCCUUUCCCCCUUCAAACCAGUUCACUCUUCGGUAACUCAGCUGCUGUUCCACCUAACCCUGGUACCUUUGGCGCUCUUGGGAUUGGUAAUGCCCCAAGGCAUGUUAAUAUUCAUAUACAUGCAGCACCUAUUACUUCUGCAGUUGGUGCUAGGGCGACCAAUGGAGAUGGAGCACAUGGUGAACGUGGUAAUGGAACUGAUUCUGGCCAAUCAAGGGUUUUGCCUGUUGGAAAUAUAAUGGCUACAGCUGUGGCACCAAGGCCUGCUGUUAUCUCAGUCUCUAGUAUGCCACAGCCUGGCCAAUCAGAUGGCCCAAGUGGCCAAGAGCGAUCUACUGUGUCUGGUGCUGAGAAUGAUACUGUUAGCACUCAACUAGAUGAAACAUCUGCAAGUGGGAUGACUGUGCCUGAGCCUCUACCGGCGCACAAUGUUCCCGGAAGAGAGGAUAAAAUGAGUCUAGGUCAAUCAAGCGAAAUGUCUCAUAGUAAGCCAGAAGCUUCAGCCAGUGUAGGAAGAGCUCAAAGGUCUAGUCAGGAGUUAGGUAGUCCUGAUGAAUCCUCAUCUGUGCCCCUUGGAUUAGGGCUCAGAGGUUUGCAGCCGAAGAGACGAACUAAGCAAUCUGUAGUUCAUGGAAUUAAUGCUGAUGGUUCAACUAGCAGCAAUCCAAAUGAACUACCUCAAAGAGAUGAGCGUCAAUUUUUGCAGUCUCUUGCAGCACUUGCAGCCAGGGGAAAUGAGCCUGCUAUGCCCUCAGGGACACACUCAGAUAGGGGAGUUAUGGGGACUAUUGGCACGGGAAACCAAAAUGUUGAUGGCCAAUCAGAGAUAGCGGAUGCAAUGUCUAGUGUCCUUCAGAGUCCUGCUUUAAAUGGUUUGUUGAGUGGGGUUUCACAACAAACUGGGGCUGGCUCUCCGGAUCUCUUGAGGAAUAUGAUGCAGCAACUCACUCAAAGUCCAGCAAUGAUGAACACUGUUAGUCAGAUUGCGCAGCAUAUUGACACCCAGGAUCUUGGAAGCAUGUUUUCUGGGCAAGGUGGUGGUAUGGACUUGUCUAGGAUGUUUCAGCAAAUGAUGCCAAUUGUCUCUCAAGCUCUUGGUGGCAUCUCAGGUGUGCCUCAACAAAUUCCUAAUAUUGCACAGAGGCCUGGUGAGAAUACCGCAGUAAGACCAACCACUGAAAAUGUUCAGAUUGAUCUUCAUGAGGUUGCCCAAGAAAUCGAGAACAAUAGUCCACCUGUAGAGAUUCUUCGUUCUUUGGUCCAAAGUACAGAAUCUUUGCAUCACCAUGGAAGUACCGAUGAAAGUCUGGCUGAUGAACUGUCCAUUGAAGAGAACCUAGCCGAUGAAUUCAUGCAGAUGCUGCGUAAUGAUGUUUCUCAGCGAUUCAAGGAUAAAGAGGGCAAAUAGGGAAUAUACUUAAUUUUUCUUCUCAUUUUUCUGAUAUUGUUUCUAAAGAAUGUCCAGUUACCAAUCAUUUUGGGUUCUCAAGUAGACAGACAGACAGACAGCUGGUGUAGGGGGGGAAAGCCAUUAUACUAUUCCCGUGUGUAUGUAUGCCUAUGGAAUAGUUAAUCCAGCGGAUGGGAACUGUAUUUUCUAUGUUUAAUCAAAACAAUGGUACCAUUUCAUUCUAUCAA